GUGACUCCUUUAAUUCUUCGGCGUCCAACACUUCCAGCACGUUUUUAAAAUUAUCACCCAGUGGGACCAUGUCAUCGUUGGCAAACCGUUCGAAAGUGUCAUACGGUAUUUCAUUUAGCUCUAAAAAACAGAAACUGUUAUUAUCAAAAAAAAAUGGACAUAUAGGACCAGGGGGUACGUCCUAAACAUAUUUCCACUUUUAGGCCUUAAGAAUCCAGAAGAGGCUUGAGAAAACAUUGAUAAGAUAUCCCAGGACCUACACUCUGAGGAACCAUAUUGAACAGGCGACAAACAUCUUCGGGGUAAUAAUUUCCUUAAGGAUAUAUACGUACCGGUUUGAUUAGGUUCGGGUGAAUUGACGCUCAUGACGCUAUGAAUGCCCGAUGAAACAUGAAUUUGAUUUAAAUCGCGACUGAAUAAAAAAAAUGAUCAAUGACAAUUUCGAUGCCUAUUAGUUAACCUUUAUGACGCACUUUGUCAUUCAGUUGAUUCACUGGCACGUUUGGCAUCAAAAUGUCUGGGAAUUCGCCCAAGGAGAGUCGUACACUAUGCGCCUGCUUAUGCGGCCUAAAGUUGAAACCGCAAGAGCGUGACCAAACGUGCAAAGAUCAUUUGCUAAAUUGGGAAAUAUGGAUGUACCGACGCAGACAAAUGCACAACUAUUUAACGAGGAAGCUUCGGCGCCCACCUGGGGAUCUUUUAAUGAACAGCGGCGAUACGUACAGAAGCGUUCGCGAAGAAAAAUUACUGCUAGGUUAUACUAAGAUAGAAACCCAUUUCGAUAAGUACCGGGGUAAUCCGGAGUUCUGGAUGUUGCCGGUAAGUUUGAAAAGUCAAGUGCCACCCUACAAAGGCUCCGAGUACUUUAAAGUUAAAUCUUACGAAGAGAGAAAUGAAGUUCCUGAUAUUACUUACGUUGGAGUACCAGAUGUGCUUAUGGACGAAAAAGAUAUCGUACCAAGAACUCGAGAGUUCAACAGAUGCUGGCAAAAUAGCUGCUAUCGAAGAGCCAAAGUGCAACAGGUGUCUGAGAUAUUGAACGAAAUCCAGCCCCACAAGCCGGACAUUUCCAAUUUGGUUAUUCUAGGUUCAGCCACUCCGGAGAUUUUAAACACAGAGAAAGAACCCAGGGUCGAGGUUACGGAAAUCAUAAGAAAAAGUGACAGCAGACAACUGAGUCCCAGAAUAAGCAGGGACGUAAUAAACGAAUGGUCAGAAGAAUCGGAAAUCGAUUUGAUUGUGAGAUCGAAGAGGUUCUGCCUAAAGAUAAACGGUCACGAGUUCACCGAGUUCAGUGAUUACGCGUACAGGGAGAACAGGAUAACCGUCAUUUUUGAACAUUUUACCGAUUCGAGACUGCCCUGUGUACAAACCGUGUCGUUCGAGAAUAACGGACAGACCGCUCUACGACUUUAUUGGGACAAAUAUGAAAAACUGAAGAUUUUUCGAGAGUACACGAGAUCAACCGAGAUAUUUCAUCCGUUUAAGUUCGAUCGCAACGAAAUUGUGCUGUUACCUGGAGAAAAGAGGGACUUUCAAAUACUGUUUCAGGUGAACCAUCCAGGUAACUUUAUAGAACACUGGCAAUUAACCACUCGUCCAGAGAUAUGGAGGGACGACUUCAAAUUGAUAAUAUUGCUGAAAGGGUUUAGCUUCAUAAGGAAUUUUGACUCUCGCUUACAGAACAUUAGAGAUAAAUUAGAUCGAAUGAUAAGGGAUACGGCUGUCAGAGGUAUUUUAAAUAACGUGCUAAAAGAUGGAAACUAUUGUACCCCAAUAAACAUGAAACACUCCUUCACAUAUUCCGAACAAGAAAUGUUUGAAAGUGCCAACUGGAUUAAAAGUAAAACGAGCAAUAUUUUCAAAUACGUUUAUGAUGUAAAAACGGUUGGUGAACUGAAAAGGUUUUACGAAGAAAAUCGAUUUCCCGAAGACGAGAAACUGUGGGAUUUUUCCGUUAAAAAGCUUCGGGAAAUCGCGCGCAAGAGGGACCUGAUCGCUUAUUUCAAAAACAAGGUUAAUCAGUAUGAAACUGCCAGAGUAAAGCGAGAAGCGCUGCAAGCGAACACUUUGGACUCUUCUCAUAAUAAAGCGACUAACAGUAAGCAGGACAAGGAUGUACAGAAAAAGUCAAGUAAAGGGCAAAAAGAAGUAGCAGUAGAGUCUAACAUACAGUUGGUCGAAGAAAGUUAUUACAACAAACUAACAACCAUUCUUGAUAAAUUACAAAGGCCUUGCAUAUAUGAAAACAAACAACGAAAAAAAUACACUUACUGCUACGUUAUUUUAAAAACUUACUUUUGCCAAAUGUUUGAUCGCCUUGAUAGCUUAUCAAACAUGAUAGAAAAUGUGGAUGAUGGUGCAUCAGUUGGCGAGCAAACUGUAGCGUCAACAUUUAAAGCAAUCAACGAUAACAUUUACAAUAAACCCUUAAUCAGUGACAGAUUAACGUUCGAAAUAUUUGACGAGAGUUACGUGUUAAAAACCAAAAGGUUGCCGGCAUCGAGUCACGUUCCGGCAAAACCGAAAUCGUUGCUUUUAAGAUCCAUUCCGCAUUCGGACGUGAAAAAAGUCUACAAGGCGUAUUUCCAGAAGGAGGAGGUUAAUGCUCAGAAAAAAAAAACCGCAUAAGGGAUCAGAUGAGGCUAAAACUGCUUCGAGUCCCGUUAAGGAACACCUGAAAAGCAAAACCCAAAGUUCAAUCGGUUACAAUAAUUUAACAACAAACCUAACAGAGUUCGAACCGUUCAUCGAAGAGCCUUCCAGACACCUCAAACGACAUCGUCCCUCCAUUUCCAAAGUGCCAGUGAAUGUUACUGCUCCCCAUAUAGGAAAUAAGGACAAAUAUUUACUUGUUUAUACGUCACUUUGCUCCGCUAUAGAUGCCUUAGUUGAGACCAUCGAAAUAUCGGAUCGGAACGAAAAAGUUUCUAGCGAUACUUUAGGGGCAAUUAAUAAAUGUAUGCCUGCAACAGAAAAUACAUUUAUACAAACAGAUGCGUCUAUUGUGUCGUCAAAGUCUAACCGUGAAGCCACCGACUACGAAAAGUCUAGUUUGCAAUCGGAUUACUUUAAUUACCUUCAAAGGGUGCAUUGGCAAGACAAUGUUAACACACAAAAAUAUUUUAUUAAGGAGUCACGUAAUGUUGUAACUGCGAGCGAUCCCGCUGUAAAAAAAGACUUAGAAACGAGAAUCAAACAAUCUUUGAGCGAUGUGUUUUCUUUGAAAGAUUUUCGACGUACAGUGGAGCCCUAUUGUUUAAAGGAAAAGGCGGCUCAAACAGAUGAAACUUACGAAACCGUAUUCGAGAGUCAGCAGAACUCCCAAGAAUCGAUUAGUUCUCUUGAAGAAUCCACCGGAUCUUCGAGGAACAAUUUUUAUUUUCUAGGCAAUAUUGACGAGAGAGAUAGCUCGUCUACUAUAUCUGCUUAUAAAAUCUUAGAAUAAUAAAUUUAGUGUUUUUAUGCA